UAACGGAGCAACUCCAACGUAUUGCAGAUUGGUUAACUACACAGAACGCGCGGUGCGGCGCGGCGCGAGAGCUGGACGUGGUGCGCGCUUUCGUAAUUUUGAGUGGACUGUACAUGAUGAAAGAAUAUCCUCUUUUUAAUCACACUCUUGUGUUUUUUUUCCCCCUGGGCUCAACCUGAAACUUAAUCAUAAUUAAUUCUAGGGAGGCUGUGGGAGGAGGGCUAUACUCAUCAUCCCGGGACCGGAGUGAGACCUCAUCGCGAGCUCCUCGCGCAGCGGAAUAAUUAGCAGCCCGUGUGUGACAGCUUUAUCAGAGUCAAGAAAGACUGUGGACCCGAGAGGACAAGUGUGGACUGAAGUUUCCUCUCGUGUCAGACUGUUUUUAAGGAGCGCCGUGGAGCGGAGAGAAAGUGUUGUGGAGGUUCAAUGCGUCGGUUCCCCGUAUGUACUGAUGGACUGAGUACGGUGACAUUAGGAACAGCCUUCUCCUGGUUUCAUCAGUGUUAGUCGAUAUCCCAGACCGAAAUGCUGCCCUGUAUCAUUUUCAUCGCUUUGUUUCUCACUGCGGCCCAAUCCCAAGAUAUCCAUCCCUCACAGGCAUCAUCCUCUAUUAGUGAGUCUUGUGACUCCUUGUGCUCCUGUGAGAGUAAAGAUGGCAUCCUUCAUCUUAACUGUGAGCAGAGAAACAUCAGCAAAAUCUCCCAAAUCAAAAUCCCGUCAGGUGUGCCCUUCCACCUGAACCUUUACAAAAAUGACUUGGUUGAGCUUCGCGUUGAGGAAAUGGAGGGGCUUAAGAAUGCCCUUUCACUGCACAUCGGGGCUAACAGCAUACAAGAGCUGGAACCAGGGGUCUUUAGCAAUCUUGGCUCACUGAAAAAACUCCACAUAAAUAGCAAUUUCCUUGUCACUCUGAAAGAGGACACUUUUCAAGGCCUGGUGAAUUUGGAGUUUCUCCAAGCUGACACAAAUUUCAUUCGGGUCAUUGAGCCAGGGGCCUUCAACAAACUGAUCCGCCUCAAGGUCCUUAUCCUAAAUGAUAAUUCCAUCGAGUUUUUACCCAGCAACAUUUUCCGGUUUGUGCCCCUCACCCACCUGGACUUGCGUGGAAACAAACUACAGACACUGCCUUAUGUUGGGUUUUUGGAGCACAUCGGGCGGAUAAUGGAACUCCUCCUGGAGGACAAUGACUGGGUCUGUGACUGUGAUAUCUUACAUUUAAAAAUCUGGAUGGAGAACAUGAGGGCCCAGUCAGCAAUCGGUGAUGUGGUCUGCAGCACACCACAUCACCUUAAAGGCACCAUUUUGGCUAAAGUCAAGCGAGAUGUUCUCUGCCCAUCUCAUGCGGAUAUUAACCUGGAGGAGCCGUCAAAGUCGCUGGAUAUGGUUGUUACUCCCUCAUCCAAAGUGUCUCAGAUUCCCAAGUUGUUCAAUGCCAAAGACGACGCCAAGGUACCAACUCCGUCUCACAUUCCUGGCAGCCCCUGUGUGGAGUACUGUUCUUGUCACAAUCACCCUGUGGCUGGGUUUUUGAUGCAUUGUCAGGACAGAGGAAUUCAAAAGGUAUCAGAUAUCGGAAUACUUCAACAAAGCCCCACUAAACUGGUCAUGACAGGAAAUAUGAUUCAGAAACUACUGAAGUAUGAUUUUGUCACAUAUGACAGCUUAGAAUUGCUCAAUUUGGCAAACAACAGAAUUGAUUACAUUGAUAAUGAAACUUUCCUGAGCUUGAGCAGUUUGAAAAAACUGUAUCUGAAUGGCAACAGAAUAGAAAAACUGUUCUCCACAAUGUUUGUGGGGCUCCACAACCUUGAAUACCUGUAUCUAGAAUACAAUCUUAUCAAAGAGAUUGCUCCAGGCACAUUUAAUCCCCUGCCAAACCUGAAACUGUUGUCAUUAAAUAACAACCUGCUCAGCUCUCUUCCAGCACAGAUAUUUCGCAAUGUACCCCUCACCAAAUUAAACCUGAGGAAAAAUCUACUUAUGCACCUGCCAGUGAGCAAUGUGCUUGAUCAACUCGACUCACUAGAGCAGAUUUAUUUAGAGGACAACCCCUGGGACUGCAGCUGUGACUUGCUGAGCCUUAAACAAUGGGUGGAGAAACUCCGAAAGGACACAGUGGAGGGCUCAAUAUUGUGUCACACCCCAAAGAAAGUGGUGCAGGCUGAACUAAGGAGUCUUCGUCAUGAGAUCCUAUGUCCCGGUUUAGGGACCUACUACCCUAUAUCCCCAGGUGGGGAGGAAAGCAUGACAGUUACACUGGGACCUGACAGUGCUGGCAAGGGUUUAUUCAGCUCACUCACGGACACUGUCCCACUCUCUGUGCUAAUCUUGAGCCUUCUUAUGUUUGUCCUAAUGAUUAUAUUCUGCUCAGCUGGAUUGGUGGUGUUUGUUGUGCACCGGCGGCGACGGGCAAAGAAAAAAGCAGCAGAAGAGCAGCCCAGAGAAAACACCAGCAGUAGUCCCAUUCACUUGCAUUACAGCAUGUACGGGCAGAAAACAACACACCACACUCUGACACAAAGAACAGGGUCUGCCACACUGUAUGAAGAGAGAUCACACAGUCCAAUCGUGCAGAUCUGUCGCAACCCCACCUACUGCUCUCAGCACAAGGAACACGACACAGAUAUGGAUUAUGGCCUUGACGACGCCAGCGCCAAGCAUCACCUCUGCCGAAGUAUCAUGGAAAAGGAGAACACUUCUCCGCUCACGGGAAAUCCCAGCUCAAAGUUUCGACCCAUGACUGGAGAGUGCCCCGCAGAGUUUGUCUCGCUCGGAAAUCCUAACUCAUUGUACAGAAACAUUCUGGAGAAGGAGAAGGAGCUGCAGCAGCUUGGGAUAACGGAGUAUCUUAGGAAAAACAUGCCCCAGCUUCAGUCUGCUGUAGACAUGCAGGUCCCGGGGCACCAGGAGGAGUUAAAGCUAAUGGAGACAAUUAUGUACACAAGACCACGCAAGGUCACACUUGAGCAAACUAAGAACGAGUACUUUGAACUUAAGGCUAACUUGCAUACUGAGCCAGACUACUUGGAGGUUCUGGAGCAUCAAACUGCAUUUAACUGAGCUUAAGCAGACAAAAACACGACUACAAAUAUAUAUAUAUAUACAUACAUACAUAUAUAUAUGUUUUGAACCAAGUGCCUUGUCCUGUUUGCCCUCUUGUACUUUCCACAGUGUGAAAUAUAUAUCAUGGGCACAUCACUUUAAGUUAAACUGUAGCACAGAAUGUAACUGGUUUAUUUUUGUUACUUUUUAUCUGUUGACAGCCAUGUUACGUAGCUGGUGAAAGGUGAAGUGAAUUUGGCCAAAUGUAACUUACAGAAGCUAUCACAGUCUGUUGAGCAGGACUGGGUUGAAAGCAUCAUUGAAAUCCACUCAGCUUUUUAUGAUUGAUUAAAUUUCCGUGGUGCACUGCCGCCAAAUGAAUUGAGCGGCACAGCGUAUUCCUCCCCAUGCCCUCACCCCCCAAUUCCCUCCUCCUUUUCCUCCUCCUCCCCCAUCUGACAUCCUGAUAGGAUAAAGCAGAUGUUGAGAAAGAAGUGAGUGAAUUUCAAUCACCACUUGACCCAGAAUUGCUGUUUAAUCAGUCUAUCCUGACUCUGGUAUGACCUGAUUACACCCUCUGUCAACAUAAGUCAGUUGGAAUGCUGUAACCAGAAUGCUCAUUGUGCCGUAGAGUUAGCAAAAUGCCAACUGUACAUCAGAAAACAGUAACAGGAGUGUGGUUCUACUGCUAGUUUCCUGUAAUUUCCUUUGAUCGAUCCAAUACGCUGCACAUUUGCAGUCAUAGGACCUUUAUUUAUUUUUAUAUAAAACUGGUGAUAUUCACAGAAAAUAUGUUUGUUCUUCUCUCAGUCGGUAAAUACAGCACUUAAAGAACAGUAUAUUAUACACAGUUGUAAUAUUGUAUAGAUGCAUUGCACUAAUCAAAUGCCAUAAGAUGGUGCAUGACAAUCAACAGAGUCCUGCUGAAACUUUUUUUUCUUCUUUUUUGUCUGUCAGAAAAAAAAUGAGCCACAAAUGUGUAUGAUCCUUCAGUGUGUGUGUGAGAGAGAGAGAGAGAGAGAGAUUGUAUUUCAUGUCACUAAUUUAAGUCUGACAAUAUUCAAACAGCAAACAGGAACAUCCCUCCUUCCUCAUGCUGACAUUGGUUGAUGUGGGACUAUUUUGAACUAUAUAUUAACCCGUUAGCACACAAAUGGUCAACGGAGCAACCAGAACUUCCCAAAAACUCCAGUUUUUCCCUGCAGAGGACGUGCCGAUUGACUUCAGCCAACUUCUGUUUUUUCUCAGCUUUUAUUGAAAGCAAUGAACUACUGGUGACUGAUGUUUGCAAUGCGGACACUGUCAGAUUUGACACUAUACACUCCAGUCAUGCUCUUGGAAACUUUCAACUUUGAAAACGGUUCAUGUAAGCACACACUCUGUAGCUUUUCUACUUAACUAGAUUAAUUAUUUAUUCUGUAUAUUUUGUAUAUACCUAUGUUCCAUUAUAUCUUUGGUUUUUGUGUGCCUUCAGUGCUGUACAGAAUAUAAACAGAAGUUGUAACUGAUAAACAGGAAAUAAAGAGCUGCAAUAGUA